UCCCCCGCCCCUCCCCCGCCCCCUAGCCCCAGUCGGGAUCCCGCUCCCGACCCCGCGGCCGCUCCCGGAGGAGGAGGAGGCAGCGUGAGGAGGGAACGGUGCCCUCGACCGGAGGCAAGAGGACCGACGGGGUGGCUGCGCCGGGGGUCGUUGUGCCAGAGCUGGGAAGCCGCGGUGCCGCACCGGACACCCUGCCCCGAGCUCUCUCCGAUCCUGAGGCGUAUGGAACCUCAAGGUCUUUAUGAUAAUGGAAACCAAAAAAUUGAUUGGUAAACCGCUUCAGCCAGCAAGACCAGUUAGACAUCUGUCUUCUCCCCAUGGAGCAGCAUUUCCCUUUAAUUUUCAAAAUGAAAGUCCAUGCAGCACUCAGUGUUUACAAAGUGGAGUUGGCAGGCAGUGUAAGACUAAUGGAAUGCAAACCUUCACUCAAGGUCUUAGUCAACCACAGCAGCAUCAGUCUCCAGUCAAAAAAGAAAGAAUUAAAUAUAGCAGAGAUUUCCUGUUGAAGCUUUCAAGUGUUUCCAUCUGUAGAAAGAAGCCAGACUUUCUGCCUGAUCAUCCCAUUGUACUUCAGAAGCCAGAAAACAACCAAAGUUUUAAGUAGCAUUUAUAAGAACAGAUGAUUUUGAAGAUAAAGAAUCGUUCAUUUUAUAUUUUGGACACCUAAAAAUGAAGUGGAUCUAGUAACAAUAACUGCGAUGGACUGUGACAAUCCAAUUUAUUUUUCAUUUCAAUGGUUGACUAUUUGGUUUUCCCUAAAAUGAGUAAGAAAUAUUUUAAACUAUAAAGAACUUUCUUUCUAAUCAGCUUCAGCUUUUGCAGGCAAGCAACUGCAUAAUUUGGGAAAUAACACUGGAAAGUAGUAAUUUACUUAGUUUUGUGGGAAGACCCGGUAUUUAUAAUUUGCACGUUACUUGCAAUUUUUUUUUUUGUUUUUCAUCAUUUGUAAUAAUGGAAUGGAAAUGCAAGCUGUAACGAUUCUCAAAUAUAAAAUAUUUGCUACUAUAUUAUGUAUAUAGUACAUAAUCUUUUGUUGCCUUUAAAGUUGCUUUUAUUCUUGUUUCCAGUGACUUUAUACCAACACUUGAAAGAAUCUUUUGUAAUCUCCUCAAAGCCUUAAUUUGAUUGAGUAAAUGUAAUGGUGUGGUUCUCAAAGACAGAGAGGAGAAUUUCUUAUAGCCAUUUCUGGCCAAGUGGUUUUUAGGUUGUUGGGCAAUAAACAUUGUCAUGGCAAUCCUAAAAUUGUUAGCAGAGACAAACUAAUUGGAAGCUGUAUUAGUGAUUCCAAAUGGAACUGUGGAGCUGCAAAAAGUACUGCUAUGUUAUAGAUCAGACUAUGAAAAGUAGUUCAGAGUUUUUAUAAAAAGGACUGUUACUCUCAUAACCUAAAAGGAAAAUGUUAGGGAUUUGUAAGGUUGCACAUUCAUUAAGCUUCAAUGCUAUAUUCAACUCUCUAAUUUCCUUAUAAUGUCAAGAAAGUAUUUGGAUGAAGCAUUUAAUAAGUAAAAUUCCUAAAAUUAAAAUUUUUUUAUACCAUGGAUAUUCUGUAAUGAAAAAGCCACCCCAAAUAUUACUGGAAAGUGUUUUUCCAGCUCAGUGUCAAAAAGCCACUUACCAGUUAUAGAACCAUUAUUUUGAGGAGGUUCAUCUGGAUGGGUUUUUGUCUCCCCCAACUUCACCCUCCCCCUCCCCACCAAGAGAGAAAAUAGCAAGCUUUUUUGUUCUUUUUUCCCCCCGGGCUGGGUCAAAGGAACAGGAAAGAGUGGCUCUCUGUACCAGGAACAAAUUAUUAUUUGGCAAAGGGUAAAAAUGGUGUAAAGGUAAGUGUCAAUCCCUCUCACCUUCAUUAAAGAGAUCUCCCUUUGUAGAAAACAAAAGGUUUUUAAUUUGAUUAAGCAUAUCCCUUUUCUCUUCAGGUCUUAGAGCCAUUUUCCUGAGAUCCUAGUUUUUAGACUAAAGUCUUCAAACUUCAAUCCCUUACUCACCUACUCUCCUCAGGAAAAGGUUCCUCCUGAAGUGCUGAGAAGGCAUUCAUUUAAAAUCUAAAGUGAAAUUUUUAUGAUGAGCUGUUGCAUAUAACACCCUUUUAAAACAACAGCUUUUUAUUUAGCUAAUUCUUCUACCUAUGUAAUAGUUUUAUUGCAGUCAGACUUGUCAUAUGUGAUUAAAUUCUCUCACAUCUUAAAUUGCCUUUUCUUAUUUGAGUCCCUUUAUUGAUAAUUUUAAAAAGCUAUAUGAACCUAAUUUUAUGUAUAUUUGUAAUCUGGUAAGCCCUUAUGCUGAAAAUCUGUUGGAUAAGCCAUUGCUGUGGGCAGAACACUUAAAAUGUCAUGCUACCAUGGGCCAGACAUUGAAGACUACACCGUAUUAAAAGACUUAAUGUGGUUCCUAAAAUCUGAUGCUGAAAACGACCAGCUGAACAAUGGCUGGCCUUUAUUUAUAAUUUAAAAAGUUGCGUUUGGGAGCUGUAUUUUAUCCUAGCCAUUUGAAACCAACUUUUUUCAGGGGAAGAUUAAGCAGAAAUUGUACACUGAGUUUUGUUACGGUGAUAAAAUUUUGAUGGGUUUUCAAAGUCAAUUGAUCCUUUGUUACUGUACAUAUUCAGAAUGAGGCUGCAAAGACUUUUUAUAUUCUGUCUCUUUGCCUUUGUACAUAUGUAUAGCAUGUUUAAAUAAUCAUUGUACAUCUCCAGUAAUGUUGAGCUUUGCUUUGUAUAUAAAUUAAAAGAGUUGAGAGUUAUUGUUUUGUAAUGUUUGUCUUCAAUAGAAUUGGCCAAGAUAAGUAAAAUUACAGACCUUAUCCAUCAAGAAUCAAAAUAGACUGUUUUUAUACCUAGGAGAAAUUCUGAAAUAUUUGAAAAAUGAAUUUAAUUUAGGCUAGAGGAAGAUUGAUGGGGACACACAAUGCUCUGUGGGUGGUUCAGAGUUAUGAUUAUAUUUGAGAGUGUUUCUGUUAUCUGUAAUUUUAUAGUCUUUAAAAAGUAGUUUUUUAAAUAGAGCUAUUUGAAUUAUACAAGGGUGAGAAGAUGAUUGAAAAUUUUUACCUUAAAUUACUUUCCUCAAAGACUAACAAAUUGAAAAGAAUCCUAAGUAAGGGAUGGGGGGGUAUAUGA